AACCUGAAAAACUUGCGACCUCCUAUCCUCACCAAACACACGACGCACCUUCUUCUUCUUCUUCUAGCUUUGGGGCAUCUGUGAAGGUAAGCAAUCAAAAAACCAGAAGAGCAGAGUCCUUUGCUCAUCCAAAAAUGGUUUCCUCUCUUCAAAUCACUGAAAACCCAGAACCCAAAUCCGCCGAUGAGGAAAACCCAGUCGCCAUUAUUGCUUCUCCCCCGCCAUUUCUUCCUGUUGCCUCUAUCUCUCUUUCUCUCUCUACCAUCCUCUCCAAUCCCACCGCCUUCUCCUUCCUUCAACCCAAAAUCUCUGCGUUAUUUUCUCACCAUCCAAACAAGGUAAAAGUCCCGACUCAGGCGUCGUCUCUCUCUCACCUUUCUCUUUCUUCUUCAUCCUCUAAUUUCUCUCCUACCAGAAUCUCCUUCAAGUCCACAAUCGCCGCUAACCCUCUCCAGUCCCCUCUUUCUCUCGGCCCCCGCCGCCCGCUCGACCCCUCAAACGGUGCCGCACUUCGUCGAGCUUCCAUCGUCUGGUUCCGCAACGACCUCCGCGUCCAUGACAAUGAAUGUCUCCACACCGCCAACGAGGAGUCCAUGUCGGUUUUACCCGUAUACUGUUUCGAUCCUCGAGAAUACGGAAAAUCAUCUUCUGGGUUUGAUAAGACCGGCCCUUUUCGCGCCCAAUUUUUGAUUGAAUCAGUCUCUGAUCUCCGGAAGAAUCUCCAGGCAAGAGGGUCCGAUCUCGUGGUCCGGUUCGGGAAACCAGAAACUGUUCUGGUUGAAUUAGCGAAAGCGAUUGGAGCAGACGCGGUUUACUCACAGCGAGAGGUGUCACAUGACGAGGUUAAGGCGGAGGAGAAGAUUGAAGCGGCCAUGAAAGAGGAAGGAAUGGAAGUGAAAUACUUAUGGGGAAGUACUUUGUAUCAUAUCGAUGAUUUGCCUUUUAAAUUGGAGGAUAUGCCGACUAAUUAUGGCGGGUUCAGAGAGAAAGUGAAGGGAUUAGAGGUGAGGAAGACGAUUGAUGCAUUGGAUCAGUUGAAGGGUUUGCCAUCUCGUGGAGAUGUGGAGCCUGGGGAGAUUCCUUCUCUGAUGGAUCUCGGGCUUAACCCAAGUGCUACAAUGACUCAGGGAGGAAAGCCAGUUACUAAUGCAUCCAUGGUGGGAGGAGAGACUGAAGCUUUGCAGAGGCUUAAGAAAUUUGCUGCCGAGUGUCAAGCACAACCAAACAAGGGAAAUAGGGAUGGUGGCAAUGACAGUAUAUAUGGUGCCAACUUCUCUUGCAAAAUUUCUCCGUGGCUAGCCAUGGGAUGUAUCUCACCUCGUUCCAUGUUUGAUGAGCUAAAGAAAACAGUGACAAGGAAUGUUUAUGCUGAAUCAAAAAAGAAUAGUGGUGGCAAUGGAUCGGGCGAUACUGGAACAAACUGGUUGAUGUUCGAGUUAUUAUGGAGGGAUUUCUUCAGAUUCAUCACUAAAAAGUACAGUUGUGCAAAGAGGCAGACUGAGGCUGCUCCAGCCACAGCUUGCACCGGUGCCCUUGCUUAGGCAAAGUUUCUGUCGUUGGCGGAGGAUGAAAUUUAAUUUACCGUGGUGGGUUUGUUUGGAAUUCCUCAGGAACUCAAUUUUUAAUCAUUAGACCGAGAAAUGAUACACUUAUGAAGGUCUUUAUAAUUUCCAUUUUACUAACUGGCGUUGCAGUUGGCGAAGAAGAAAACAUUGUCGCGACUAUACACCUGUGUACUCUUAUGUCAGUUCGGAAAUGAUUUUUUGUAAAAAUCUUUGUACGAGUAAAGUAUUGCUCUUUUAGAUCUUCGAAUGCAGAUGGAGACGAGAGAGUUGUUUUCUUUGGA